UUGACCUAAAAUUGCUUCAUCAGCCUCCACGCACUGUGCAGCGAGCGCUUGGCUGGAACCGCCGCCCUGCAAAACGGACUCCUUCAAGACGACGAAGAAGAAGAGGAGUCGAAGACAGAGGAGAAGAUGAGCAAUCGGCGCGGCCCGCCCAAGCACCAGAACGCCUUCGCCUGGAAGCCCAACGCCGGCGUCAAAAUCAACGAGACGGAGGUCGGAGGGAGGUUCCGGCCGUACUCCGAGAUAACCGGAGUUUGCGUUCGGUGCAAGGAGCAGAUCGAGUGGAAGCGCCGCUACGGCAAGUACAAGGCCCUCACCGAACCUGCCAAGUGUCAGAAGUGUACUAGGAGGGCUGUUCGUCAAGCUUACCACAACCUUUGCUCUGGAUGUGCCAAGGAGCAGAAAGUGUGUGCUAAGUGUCGUUGCCAGGUUGACAACUUAGUUGGCAGAGACUCUUCUGAAGUGGAAGCAGAGCAAAAAGCACUCGAGGAGGCAAUUAAGAAUGCUCGAGAAAGGGAUAGAAGAACACUACUUCGUGCUAUGAACAAGUCAAAAGAUAAUAAUUCGGGGAAAGAUGAUGAUUUGGGGAAAUCUGCCACUGAGAAAGCAAACAAGGUAGGAGAUAUAUUUCCCUCUUCAUCACUUGAGGAUUAUGCCAGAUCACGCCAACAAGGCAGAGUGGGUCGUGGUAAUGAGGAAGAAGAAGUGGAGGGUGAGGAGGAAGUGGAGGACAAUACGGAGGAAGACAACACCGAUGACGAGGAAUAAAUCUGUAAAGCAUAUAAAGGUUUAGACUGCUCCCUAUUUAUGCUGUCCCUGACAGUAAAUAUGCGAGCAAUUUUGAGAGAGUUGCAAAUGGGUUUUAGACGAAUGAAUUUAGAUAUCUAAAUGGAAGACGGAUAUGCCUUCUGUCAUCUCCAUGGAUAGAUUACAGAUUCAUAAUUUUUUCCCUGCCCAUCUGAAAGGAAAGCAAUGUGUUGUUUUUUUUCGCGGUGCCGCUGGGAUAUUGAAUAUGAAAAUGAUGAAGAGUUUUGUAUUUACUUACUCCUUUACGGGCUUC